ACACACUGACAGUGUGUCUAUUCGCGACUCCGUCCGAGCUGAAUCUUUGCGGACUUGUGAAAGCUGGGACUCUGCGCGAUCGAGAAGCAACUUUUGAAAAGCAGAUAGCCUACAUUUUAUUUGUUAUUUUUUGUAGGUUUGCGUUUAUUGAGUCAAUUAUUAGCUGAUUUCUUUUGCAGUCUUGGGAUAAUUUAUUUAAGAAAAAGCCGUCUAAUCGACCUUCUUUCUAUUUAAGGCGUUUUGAAUUGACAGUAUUCUGCCAGUUUUGUUGCAGAAACAACACAGGUUUACUUAGUUUAAUUCGUUUACUAGUCAGUUCGGUACAUAGCUGAACAUAUCACAACUUUGGCUGCUAUAACUGACUUGUCAUUCAAACCACAAUAGGAUAAAGAACUGUGCGUGCGCUUUCUAUAAAAGUUUAUCUCCGUUUUUAAUUUAUUUAAUUAUCUUGCUCAAGAUGAUGAAUACGAUGGUAAUUCUUGCCGAGUUCUUUGUGGUCAUUUUGAAAGUGCUCUGGGCUUUUGUUACCGCCGGGGCGAAAUGGGUGGUGCGACCGAAGGAGAGAGUGUAGCGGGACAGGUGUGUGUGAUCACCGGGGCUGGAAGCGGUCUGGGUCGGCUGUUCGCCAAGGAGUUCGCUCGGAGACGGGCAGUAUUGGUGCUGUGGGACAUCAACAGCCAAAGCAACGAAGAGACGGCGGAGUUGGUACGGGAAAUCUACCGAGAACUGGACAGUGAAACCCCGAUGUCCAGAGACGGCGCAGUUGGAGGGUUAGAAGAGAUUCCUCCCUUCCAGCCACAGGUGUACACGUACGUGUGUGACGUGGGCAAGCGGGAGAGUGUGUACUCCACGGCGGAGAAGGUGCGUCGGGAGGUGGGCAACGUGGACAUGUUGAUCAACAACGCUGGAGUGGUCUCUGGUCACCAUCUCCUGGAGUGUCCUGACGAGCUGAUCGAACGCACCAUGCGGGUCAACUGCCACGCACAUUUCUGGGUGAGUCCCCCAUGCCUACUGUCAUCCCUGUCCCUCAUACCUACUGUCAUCC